AUGGGGAUGAUUACGGCCAAUGUCGGCGAGGACGACGGAUCUGGCGCGGGGGAGAGUGGUGGCGAUAGUCCCAGUGGCAGUAGUAGUGGCAAUAGCGGCUUAAUACGAAACCAUGGGCACAAGGCGGCCACUCCGUCCGCUGCCGCCCGAACCAAAGACCAAGUUAAACGUCGGCAAUCCGCCGACGCGACUGCCACUAAGCCAAAGCCCAAACCACGAAGCGAGGCCAAAACUGCCCGGAAAGUUAAACUCCAACACUUGGACUCUAAGACGACGACCAUGCCACGUCAUUUUGGGUACGGUACUAUCAAGUCAAGUACAGUAGAUCUACCCGGUGAUGCGACUUCGUGGAAAUCGAACGUUGAAAAGUGGAACUUGGAGACGCUGAGCCCACGAGUCGGCUCGAGGAUCAAAAAGCAGUUCAAUGGACCUAAUCGCCAGGCAUGUUCGAAAGCGACCUUGCAUUUCGGAUCGGAAGAGUCUGGAGAUGACUCGGAGACAUCCAGCAGCUCGUACAGCUCGUCCAGCUCUAAUAGUCCCACUAGUGCAGUGGCAAUCCGAAUUCGAUCGUCAUCGUUUUCAGCUGCAGACCGAUGGGAAGCGCAAGUGCAACAGGCCAAGACACACAAGUCUCGCAACGUUGCGGAAGAACUACCACUACUUCAGUACACUCGAGAUUCGGAGACUGAUAUUGAAUCAGGUAUUCUUCUGGAAGAAGAGGAGACUGAUACACUUCCGGAGAUCAAGACGGAGAUCCUGAAGCUCAUCACACUAGCGAACCCGGUCAUUUUUACAUAUGUGCUGGAGUUUUUCCCUGCUUUAGUGAGUAUGACGCUAGUUGGUCAUUUGGAUUCGCCGUUGACCAAGCAAUACCUCGAUGGCGUGGCUUUAUCGACCAUGGUAUUAAAUCUCACAGCAAUCGGCGUGGGAUUCGGAUUGGCCACUGCCAUGGAUACACUAUGCUCUCAAGCGUAUGGUGCUGGCAAACCAAAGAAACUGGGCAUCUAUCUUCAAAGUGGUCUAAUCGUGUUGGGAGUCGUGAUGAUCCCCGUGUUUUUCAUCAACUGGUAUACUGAAGCUCUGCUUCUUAUGAUUGGCCAGCAUGCACAAGUUGCAGCGUUUGCUGGACGCUUCAGCCAGAUCCUGUUGCCUGGUAUCCCUGCUAUGUAUGUGUACGAGAUGUUGAAGAAGGUGAUGCAAGCCCAGAAUGUCGUACUACCCAUGGUGUACAUUGCCGUGAUUAGCAACGUGCUAAACCUCGUCUUGGGCGUCUAUCUGACAUUCUACACGUCGUUGGGCUUCGAUGGUACAGCCAUUGCACGUUUACUGUCCGAGAUGGCACUACCGUUGUGUCUGAUUCCGUAUUUCUUGCGUAAUCCUCAUAUCCCGGCUGAGUGGUGGCCUGGCUGGCGUACGAAGGAAGCGCUGAACCAUUUGGGUAUCUUUUUGAAACUGGGUAUCCCCGGUGCGGUGAUGUUGUUGUUCGAAUGGGUAUCGUUCGAAAUUAUGGCGGCAGUCAUUGGCUGGUUGCCCGACAGUGUCGUUGCUAUCAGUGUGCAUUCCGUCCUGGUGAAUGUGUCCACUUUUGCGUACAAUUUUUUCCUGGGUAUUUCGGUGGCUGCAAAUGUACUCGUGGGCACUUACUUGGGACGCAACAAACCUCAUCACGCGAAAAUGGCCUCGACACUCGGCAUGAUGUUGUCGAUAACGUUGUCAGCAGCUCUCGUCGUCCUUAUCAUCGCGACUCGAUAUUAUAUCCCGGAGAUCUUCAUCAACGAUGCCGUGUCUAUUGAGUUAGCUGGCCACGCUAUGUUGUUCCUGAUGCCGUAUCAGAUGUGUGAUGCUGUCAACGCUGUAAUGCAAGGUGUGCUCCGAGGCACGGGACGACUGUCACUAGGUGCGUACAUCAACCUGGUCGCGUAUUUCGUGCUUGGGCUGCCUAUUGGUGCGUAUCUGGCCUUCGGGAUGGACAUGGGCGUCGAGGGAAUGUGGCUCGGUCUCACUGGCGGCAUCUUCUUUGGCUGUGUCGUAUCGUUUGUCAAGAUUUGCGAGACGGACUGGAAAGUUAUGGCCGACGACGCGCGUGUGCGCACAAGCUAA